AUGGGAAAGAUAUAUUACGACUGUUCAGAUAUUUUGCAAAGAGACCCCAGCAAGAAAGGAGAAGACGGAGUGUAUGUAAUCUACCCUGACACCCGAAGAGAGGUCUACUGUGACAUGAUGACAGAUGGAGGAGGCUGGACGGUCAUUCAGAAACGACAGGAUGGUGACGUCGAUUUUUACAGGACAUGGAUAGAGUAUAAACACGGAUUUGGGAAUGUCUCUAACAAUUAUUGGAUAGGAAAUGAAGCAAUCCACACCUUAACAAAGGAUAAAAACCAAGAACUCCGUGUGGAUCUCCAACGUCAUAAUGGAGAAAAGGCCCAUGCUAUGUACACUACAUUUUACAUCGGGGAUGAAGACAAUAAAUAUACACUGACAGUAUCUGGAUACAGCGGAACAGCAGGUGACAGUUUGACUUGGCACAGUGGUUCGAGGUUCAGUACCAAGGACCAAGACAAUGACUACAAAACUGAUGGUAGCUGCGCUAUAAUGCGGCACGGAGCCUGGUGGUACAGCAACUGUCUGAAAUCAAACCUGAACGGAGAGUAUGCCCAGUCGGCUGUGUUCGGUUGGAAUUACCCGGUAUGGGAGAACUGGAAAUCUGAUGAAGCGUUGAAACAGACUGUCAUGAUGAUUAGAAACAAAAGCUAGAGUUUAUAUCUCGUUAAUACUGAAAAUUUAUAAUGAAUGACAUAUGAAUAUUGAGUGUUCAAAAUUAAUGUCAAGCUGGAGGGCUUGUAUUCACCAUUCAAAGGGUAAUCAUGUGUUUCUUUCAAUAAACAAAUCAAAUACCC